AUGCCGGGCCAUCGCGACCAUGGAUGCUUGUUGACCUUGACAACAGCCCCAAGAAAAAGCGAAAGAAAAGAGGGCGAAAAACUCGGUUGCCUUCAAGCUGUGCUGCCAAGCGCAUUUGGCUCAUCCGCAUCAGGGAACGGUGGCGGCAUUAUCGGCGGCGGCAUGCAACCCGCCGGCGGACGUUCGAGUUGGGCGAACCCGUCCCAAAAUGGCGCGCCUUCGACAUAUCGCUCUCGUGAUAGCCGAGUGCCUCUUCCAUAUAUAAAAGAUCUUCAAGACCAGGCUGCCCGGUUGGAGGUUGAUGACGCGAGUCCGGUAACCCUUCUUUUAAGCACCGCUGCCGAGAGUAUACGCAAAUGUAAGGCUUUGGUUGAUGAGGACCAAGUUGGGCUUGCCUACGUACAAUUUCUUCGGGCAUCCGAGAUUGUUGUGAACAUUAUCCCUCGCCAUGCAGACUAUCGCAUGCUGCCCUCGCAGCAUCCGGACCGGUACACUCAGUUCUCGAAUCUUUUGCUGUCCAUCAGUCAACAGCAGUCAUCCAUGGACACCAUUAAACAACGAAUUAUAGAAGACAAUUUGGCCAAUAACUUGCCCCAAAGAAGCUCGGCUGUUGCGAGCAACACUGCCUCCGGAGGGAAUUAUACUACCUAUAGACCGCCAAGCGGGUCACUCCGGAUGCCGAGCCCAGCAGACUUCCAACGAGGUGAUGUAUCGCAACAGGAUAAUGUCCAGAGAACGAACGGCUCAACAUCCAAAGCGGAUGACGCGCUUGCACAAAGAUUUGCCAGACUAAGUGUAACUCAAAGCUCGCUUUCCGCUCACGGAUCCGCGAUUACAGAUCAAACCACACCCACCAUGCCUAGGCUAUCAUCCGGGGUAGUGACGGAUUAUCCUCCUCGUCCUACGACGAAUUCAAUACCGAACACCAUCAACACAGCAACUGCUGUUGGGUCUCCUAGACCCUUGGGUCCCCGCGCCAUGGGAUCAACGCAGUAUGGGCAAGGGUCUCCUCAGAGGAAACCCUUGAAUACUUCUAGCGUACCACUUCCUCGAGCUCCCAGCCCGACUUAUAGCCCUAUAUGGUCAGCCCCAUCCCAGCCGCAAUCAAAUCCACCUCGAAAGUCAACCGAUAGCAUCCAAGCGACAAACACAAGGUAUUCACAACUCAUUGGAUCCAGAGUGAGCAGUCCCAGCAUAUUUGCUGGCGAAGAUAAUCCUUAUAGGUCCCGCACACCGAAUGGAAUUCACCUUGCCCAAGAGAACAAAAGCAGUUCCGCCGAAUUACCAUAUAAUACAACAAUAAGGGCUCAGCAACUACUUGAGUAUAUGCGGAAAUAUAACGUGUUGGUAAUAGAUGUACGUCCACGUGAGCUUUACGAUAGUGGACAUGUAUAUGCUCGCUCCAUUCUAUGUAUCGAGCCAGUAGCGUUGAAAGAGAAUGUAUCUGCGGAAGAGCUAGAGGAACGGCUGGUUGUCUCUCCAGAACAUGAACAGUCUUUAUUUGAACGGAGAAAUGAAUUUGACUUGGUCGUAUAUUACGAUCAAAAUACCGACUCGGUCAGUUAUCUUGCUGGGUCUCCAGUUGGAACUUCGGCACCUCACCUCAGAGCAAUAUACGAUACAUUAUAUGAAUUCAAUGCCUACAAACCUUUGAAAGAUGGAAGACCACCGGCGUUGUUAGUGGGAGGUCUGGAUGCUUGGGUUGACUUGGUGGGAUCUCAGUCUUUGGCUACUUCUUCUACAGCAGCAAUAAUGGGGUCAUUGCAGACCAAGUAUACCCAGCAGAAGCGCGGGCGGCCCAUUGGUAGAGUUCCGAUGGCGAGUGCUAAUUCCAGUCUUGAGAUUCGCAAACGACGUCUUCGCGAGUUCACUCCACUGAAUUCAGAGGAGCUGAGGGCGUGGAUGGAACGCGCUAGAAACGAAGAAAUCACACCUAGUACAUACGAAGGAGAUGAGGCAAGCAUACCAGAAGAAGAAGCAGCGGAUGACACCGCAAGUCCAGAGGAGCCUCCGUCUCCAUUUGUUCAUAGUUAUGAAGAUUUUCUCAGACGUUUCCCAGAACCACAGUCAAUCCAACAAUCAAUGAUUGUGCCGGAACCCAAAGCUGCCAUGCCCUCGGUGCCUAAUUAUGCUACACCCGUUCCAAUAGCCCCGUCACGGCCACCCCCUGCAAUACCGCGGCCAAGCUACGGGGGCGUGUCGGAUGGACGCCAGAUACAGCCUACUCUAGCGCGUCAGAAUUCUGCAACCAAAACUGCUCUCUACACACCCAGCUCGUUUAUGACAAAACUGAAACUCCCUCGUACGGGACUAACGAACUUUGGAGUGACUUGUUAUAUGAACUCUACCCUUCAGUGCUUGAGUUCCACAACUGUCAUGAGCAAAUUUUUCAUUGACGACCGUUUCAGAUAUUAUGUUCAAAAGAACUGGAAAGGAUCUCAGGGUGUUAUGCCUGGUCUCUAUGCAAAUCUGAUCCGUUCGCUGUGGAAGAACGAUGUCGAAGUAAUCAUACCGACUUCCUUUCGAAACUUCUGUGGCCGUCUGAAUCGAGAGUGGGCUAUUGAUCGUCAGCAGGAUGCUAAAGAAUUCUUUGAUUUCGUGGUUGAUUGUUUGCAUGAAGACUUGAAUAUCAACUGGCAAAGAACACAGUUGCGCCCGCUAACGUUUGAAGAGGAAAUGCAGCGUGAAAGGAUGCCUGUUCCCAAAGUGUCAAAAAUUGAAUGGGAUCGGUAUUGCCACCGCGAGGAAUCAUUUAUCUCUUCUCUGUUUGCGGGCCAGCAUGCGAGUCGUCUGAAGUGCACAACGUGCAAACGAACGUCAACGACUUAUGAGGCUUUCUAUAGCAUCAGCGUGGAAAUACCACAUACUGGCAGUGGUGAUAUUUAUCAGUGCCUACGGAGCUACUGUCAGGAGGAAAUGUUGAGUGGUGACGAGGUUUGGAAAUGUCCGUAUUGCAAGUGUGAGCGGGUGGCCACCAAGCAAAUCAUUAUUACUCGAGCACCCCAAAUCCUCGUUAUCCAUCUCAAACGCUUCUCUGCUUCCAAGACCCAGUCCGCUCGAAAAAUCCACACGCCUGUCGACUUCCCGCUUCAUGGUCUCCGCAUGGAUAAUUUCGUGAUACCCUACCCAGCUAGCAAUACCGAAUUCGGUGAUAACGCAAACGGCAAUUCGCCUGCGUCGAAUUUCCUGUCGCCGACAACGCCGCCCUUCACGUAUGAUGCAUAUGCCGUGCUGAGACAUCUGGGCUCGACGCUUAGUGGAGGGCACUAUAUUUCUCUCGUCAGGGACGCACAGCGGCAAUGUUGGCGUCGCUAUGAUGACGAUCGAGUCUCAGAUUUCAACCCCCGAGAUCUGCGAUACUCUGAUCGUCUUCAAAAUGAGCAAUCGUACAUAUUAUUCUAUGAGCGUGUCCCCGGGAAGUGA